CAAUGCCACAUGCAGCCCUGUAGUUCACAGCUGAUUUUGACAACUAACAGCUGAUGUGCCGCAAUGUAAAUAAAUAAACAAUGCUAGUAACUGCGGUGCAACUGUUGAGCGUUGGCUUGCUUUGGGGUGUGACAAACCCGUUUAUUCGACUAGGGAGCCAGGGAAUCGAAACUAUCGUAGACACUGGUUCUAGAUAUAGAAAUUUCCUCGCAGAGCUGCGAAUGAUUGGAUCACGUCUAAGUUACUGGAUACCAUUUGGAUUAAAUCAGUGUGGAAGUUUAUUGUAUGUGUGGACUUUGCAAAGUGCUAAUAUUACUGUAGCCGUGCCAGUCGCCAACUCGUUAAGUUUUGUUUUUACCGCUAUAACUGGAUAUUUGCUAGGCGAACAACAACCCGGCAAAAACAUAAUAAUUGGCACACUACUCAUCUGUUUCGGCAGCACAUUGAUGAUAUGUGACAAGAUUCAGCAUGAACAACAGAUAUAGAUUAUUAUUAUUAUUCCAUUUUAUCAAUAGUUUAAAUUAACAUUUUAAACACGAUUCAAAAUGUGUUAUUAAUGUUAUUCAUAUAGCAUUUUUUAUAGUAUUCAUUCAACGCUGUUCAAGUGUUAUCGAUAACACAUUAAGCGAAUGACCGGCAGAAUAGAAUGUUCCAUGUUCGAUUCUUUUAAAGAUUGUAUACUAACCCAAGGCCAAAAUGUGUUUAUUAUAUAAAUACAA